AGGAACACUUAAUAUCCAAACUUUUAUAUCCUACUCUGAAAUGAYAGUCGAGUCGUCUGAUGAAGSAAGCUACGAGAGUUACAAUAUGUCGGAAAGAAGCCGUCUUCUGUAUGAAAAAGAAACCAAAGMACAAGCAACAAUAGCAUCGCAAUGGACGGCCCGAAAGGUCAUCAUACUAGCUUUACUAUCAUUUGUAUAUUUCUUGACCUGGAGCUGUGUAAGUCUUUGGGCUUCGUUCUUUCCUGCUGAGGCAGAAAAGCGAGGUGUGAGUAGCACAGAAGUAGGUUUUAUAUAUGGAACUUAYAGUUUGGUAGCAUUUGUAGCUGCCUUCAUUUAUGGACCCUUUUUAAUUCCAAGAAUUGGUCCAUACUUUAUUUUAUUUGCUGGACUGUUUGUCAAUGGUGGUGCAAGUAUUAUAUGUGGCUUCAUCAGUACAAUUCAGGGACACAGCCUGUUUUCCAUUUAUUGUUUUAUUGUACGUUCCGUCAGUGCACUGGGGGGAUCCGCUUGUGAAACGGCGAUCGUUGUUGUCGUUGCUGAUGAAUUUCGAGAGAACAUCGGAAUCGCAAUCGGUCUUUUGAGAGUCUUUACUGGAUUAGGCUUUAUUGUUGGACCGGUUAUCGGUGGAGGAUUAUAUUCGGUAUGUAUUCAAUUUGUUUUAGUUCUUCAUCAGUCUUCGUUGUACAUUUGAUUUCACAUUUGAUUUCUGACUAAAUUGCACACCACUCAGUUCAAUUACCACUUUAUUAUAUCCAUUUUGGAAUCAUUUCGUAAAGACUAGAUUUGUACUUAAUACGGUGAAUUUGGUGACUCUCCUGCCUCAGCUACCUCUGUUAAAAGCAAAAGAUUUACAGAGCUGUCUUUUUCAAAUACUUCUGCUUGAAUGGAGCUUGAAGCGUGUAGCUGUUGUGUAGUGGCUCUGUAGGGCUCUGUAUGCCUAGAACGAGUAAUAGGUCUACACGACUCCACAUCUUCUUGUCUUUCUUGAUAUCAUCUUUUAGCKUUUACUUCCUUCGUCCAUUUGAAAACACUGGGAACAUCGUCUUUUCCAUCUUUUCACCUCUUUCAAAGUGGUCGCUGCAUAUUCGAGGGAUGGACAUUAACAGGAAUUCUUUCACAUCUAAUGCACUAAACAAUUGAAACCCCCGGCCCCCGGGACUAGCGGGGCACUGAACGGGGAUGUGACGCGUUUUUAACGUACUUUUAAUAGCGAGAUUGUCCCGGUGGGUCGGGAUUUUGAUGAAUUGUUUUCGAAGCGGGUCGAAGAGCAGGGGUAGAGGUCGUCCAUCUUGAAAAAUACCCUGAAAGCAUUGAUAUUCAACUUUUUUUUGCAUUUGUUUAUUUUUCCUUGCAUGAAAAGUUAAAAGAAACUUAUUGCACAUUUUAACUCCGAGCAGUUAGGCUCAUGUAGUGCGCAAAUGACUAUACGGGGUUAUACAAAAAUUAACCCCGUGUAUCACAGAAAAAUUUGUUGAGUUGGAUUGAAAGUUGUUGG